CCGAGCUGGGUUAAGUGAGAAGAGAUAAAGUUAGAAGAAUCAGUGGAAGCGGCAGGGAGGGAGCAGUGCAUCAUAGUACAUCCGCGGCACGAUCUCUGUCUCCCCUGCCUGCCUCAACUGCCCCUCCCUCUCCUCUCCUCGAUCUUCUCAAAAAGGCUCUUCUUCCAUUCCACGACGCCAGACGACCUGCCCCCGUCCUGUCCUGGACUCCUGGCUACAGAUAUAAGAGAGCCUGCGUGCGUGCCAAGUCCCAAAUUUGGCAGCGCGAGGAGAAGAAGCUCAAGCUCGUGCGUGCGGUGCAGGUGCCAGCAGUAAUGAAGGACGUUGUCGUGGCGGCGGGCGGCGGGAGAGCGCAUCCUGCGUCAUCGACGCCGCCGUGCGCGGCGUGCAAGCUGCUGCGGCGCCGGUGCGCGGCCGGGUGCGUCUUCGCGCCCUACUUCCCCUCGUCCGAGCCGCACAGGUUCGCCAGCGUCCACAAGGUCUUCGGCGCCAGCAACCUCAACAAGCUCCUCCAGGAGGUGCCGGCGGAGCACCGUGGGGACGCGGUGAGCAGCCUGGUGUACGAGGCGAACGCGCGGAUGAGGGACCCCAUCUACGGCUGCGUGGGCGCCAUCUCCUCGCUGCAGCGGCAGGUGGAGUCGCUCCAGACGCAGCUAGCGCUGGCGCAGGCCGAGAUGAUCAGGCUCAAGAUGGGCAACGCCUGCGCGGCGCGCCGCCUUGGCGGCAGCAGCAGCGGCGGUGGCUCGCCGUCAUCGUCAAUGUCGCCGGAGGUGGCGCGGGACUGCAAGCCCACGGCAGACCUUGCUCGCAUGGUGGUGGAGUACCAGCCCAACAUGAUGGAGAUGGAGCUGGAGUACUCCAGGUUCUGGUCCUUCUGAAGACUGCUACGCUUACUUAGGCUGACCGCGUCAAGGGUGCUUUUGGAACCGGGCAAGCUUAUUUAGGCUGAUUUAGUAGUGCGUGAUCGGAGCUUGGUUUGGUAAAUAUAGUAAUAGCAUUAAGCAUAUGGUGACUUGCAUGCGAUGUAACAGCAUGACACCGGGGGGGAGGAAGUGGAACGUAGAGACCUUUCUUCCGAAUUUCCCUUCCUUCUCCUUACACCUUUCAGUAUAUCCGGGUUUCUCUGAGAAGGUAGAACACUGCAGCAGACAUUGGUGUGCUUUGUGUUGUUGUUAUCCAGUGCAAGAAGCUUUUGUUGCUCUUGGCAUUUUGCUUGGUUGAACAAGUUGAACUCUGCUGUGGAAAUGCAGUUUUAUGUC